GACUUUUAUUUUGAAAGUCGCUAGUAUGCAAUGUUUCAGGAAGUAGAGAAGCUUUAGCUUUUUAGCAAUCAAAGCGUCUUUCUGUUUAAUUUGAGAGUUAAAUAAACGUGCAGAUAUGUCUGUGGAUUGGCUUGGUUAUGGUUAUGCAGCUCUGAUAACGAUAGGAGGGAUUGUUGGUUAUGUUAAAGCAGGAAGUUUUAUGUCUCUGGUUGCUGGGCUGAUGUUUGGCAUUGCAGCAUUUGUUGGUGCUUAUCAGAUGUCAAAAAAUGACAAAAAUAUCUGGGUUUCAAUGGGCACCACUGGAUCACUGACUGCUCUGAUGGGAGUGAGAUUUUUGAGUUCAUGGAAGAUGAUGCCAGCUGGACUCAUGGCAGGAGCAAGUUUAUUGAUGUUCCUGAGGAUUGGUUUUAAAGUGCUGCAGAAUUCACAAAAAAAGAAAAGAUGACACCAUUCAGAAACUACAUGCAGAUCCUGAGGACACAGAUAUACUGAAAUAGUUUCAUUAGGCAUUUUAUAUAAGAUAUAUGAAAAAGACAAUAAAAUAAUCAUUUUAUAAGUGCUUUCAUAAUUGUAAAUUAACAAAUUAUAGCAAAUAAAAUGUAUUGCAUUUCAAA